AUGGAUGCCGAUGUCGAUGCGCUCGAUAUCGAUGAUGAUGAUUACGACGAUGCUAGUAUAUUCAGCAUCGCCAAUGACUGCCACAGUGAGAACGAUGACACCCUCACUGGUGAAGACGACGUUCUUUCAGCAAUGCACACGAAGCGCACUGCUGUUGACAAGGAUGAAUCAGCAGAGGAAUUUCUGCUGAUUCGCGAAGCGGUUGUCCGCUUCGUUCGAGACUCUAUUGCAGAUGCACUAGACAGACAGAAGAGAAACGCAGACAAACAUGGAAGAGCACAUGUUCUUUCUUUUGAUGAAGGAGACCUAGUUUUACUGUCUACAGUAAACUUACCGAAAAACGCAGUGACAAAAGUGGGCAGCAGCAAAUUACUGCCCAGGUACAUCGGUACAAUUCGUGUGUUGCGCCGAAUGGGCAACGCCUACACGAUUGAACUGCCCCGUAAGAUGCGUACGCAUCCUACGUUUUACGUCGGUCGUCUCCGCCCGUACUAUCAGUACGAGCCCGUUUCGAGAUGCGGAGAACACCUCCGCGGUCGAGAGCCGAGACCACCUUCGAGUGGUCCCGUUUCAACGAGCCAGUCUAAACGACUAGCAAAGCGACCUGUUCACGCAGUUAAGCGAUGUCUCGACGAGCUGCAGCCAGAUCAUCACGAAGAGAACGAGUCAAACGUUCGUUCUCAAGUUGCGCGAACGCGAAAGCGGCACGAUCGCCCGAACGAUCGUGCGCUAAGGAAUUGUAAUUAUCCUUUACAAGGUCAUGCAGCACGUAAAGCCAAGUCCGUUCGUGAGCCAAGUCAGCGUGUGACUGUUCCGUUACACGGUUCAGCUCUUGAACAUCAAGUUGAUCCGACCCUCGAACCAUAUCAGGCGUUCCCGCCUCCACCACAACCUUUGGUGGACUCAAGCUGUGAUCAACGCUUCCUAUUCAAGCGUAAUUUGAACCACUGCGACAUGAAUGGCGUCCGGACGAGUUGCCUCGUCCGCUGGCGUGGCUAUCCACCGACGUGGGACAGCUGGGAGCCUCGUGUCCAGCUGAUUGUUGAUGUUCUUAAUCUCGUCAAGCAGUACGACGAGACUCACCCGCUGCGUUUGAAGAAGGGCCGUCUGAAUACGACCUCCCCGAACGCGAGUACAGGGAUUGCAAAGUGUCAAUCCCUUUAG